AUGGCGGCAAUAUUGUUCAAGAAUCAAUCUUUCUUCUUGCUCAUUACUAGUUUCUCUCUCCUCCAUCUUUGUCUCGCCGAUCACCAUCAUCACCACCGCCACCACCAUCAUCAUUUUCAUCUCCAUCGACACCACCGAGGCCAUACUCAUAUUCAUACUCCACCUCCUCCUCCGCCUAUACCCCCAACACCACCCACACUGCCUACACCGCCCAUACCACCGCCCAUACCACCGCCUACACCACCUCCCACACAGUCUACAACGCCGAUAAUGGCGCCUACACCAUCCACAGUAGUGCCUACGCAGCCAACACCGGCGAUACUGGCUACACCGCCCAUGCCGGCUGCAGGGCCUACACAGAUCAUUGUCAGCGGACGCGAUGACCCUUUCUUGCCACCCAAGAUUAGAAGAGCGAUUGAACCCAAAAAACCGUUGGGAAAUUGGGUUCUUCUGCAAAGAAGUAUAGGGAUUUCUGCCAUGCACUUGCAGCUUCUACACAAUAACAAAGUCGUUAUCUUUGAUCGGACCGAUUUUGGACCAUCAAAUCUCAGUCUCCCGUUCGGAGAACCUUGCCGGAUCAACGACGAAGUGGUUAGACCUGAUUGCACCGCUCACUCCAUCCUCUACGACGUUCCUUCAAAUACAUUCCGACCACUUACUGUACAAACCGAUAUAUGGUGUUCAUCAGGCUCCGUCGAUCCCAGCGGCACACUUGUGCAAACAGGAGGCUACCACGCCGGCGACCACAAAAUACGUCUCUUCACUCCAUGCCGAGAUAAUUCUUGUGAUUGGGUUGAAUUGGAAAGGAAUUUAACUGUUCAACGUUGGUAUGCGUCAAAUCAUAUUCUCCCCGACGGAAACAUUAUCAUCGUCGGUGGCCGGAGAGCUUACAGCUAUGAGUUUUAUCCAAGAAACCCAAUUGGGUCUUCUUCUUUAAAUUUGUUUAAUCUCACGUUCUUGAUAGAAACAACAGAUUUUCAAGAAGAGAACAAUCUGUAUCCGUUUCUUCACCUCUUGCCGGACGGAAAUCUGUUUAUCUUUGCGAAUCAACGUUCGAUAUCGUUGGAUUACGUGCACGGCCGAGUCGUUCGCGAGUUUCCGCCGAUUCCCGGAGAAAAAAGAUCGUACCCAUCAACCGGUUCAUCAGUUCUGAUACCGAUUUCGCUCAACGAAAAUGUCCGAUCGCCGCCGGUGGAGGUUAUGAUUUGCGGCGGCGCAAGAGGAGGGUCUUUUCCGAUGGCGGAGCAAGGUGUGUACAUGGCAGCUGCAAGAACCUGCGGACGUAUGGACCUCAAUGCUCCUCAGCCCAGUUGGACCAUGGAGAUGAUGCCCCUCCGCCGGGUAAUGCCGGAUAUGAUCGUUUUACCGACCGGCGACAUCAUCAUCAUUAACGGAGCGGCGAGAGGUACCGCCGGUUGGGAGAACGCGGUUGAACCGAUUUUGCACCCGAUUCUUUACGAGCCAAGAAAGAGACUAUUUACUGUGCUCACCCCCACCAAAAGACCCAGGAUGUACCACUCAGCAGCCACGUUACUUCCAGAUGGCAGAAUCUUAGUCGGUGGAAGUAACCCACACGUGUCAUACGAGUUCACCGGAAACUACCCAACUGAUUUGAGUUUGGAGGCCUUUUCGCCGCCGUACAUGGACGGGAGAUUCGCUUAUUACAGGCCUUCAAUCUUGUCCGUUGAAUAUGGUAUCGAUGAAGGUAUAAUCUACGGUCAAUAUUUCACCAUAACGUUGACUAUGUCCUUGACUGGUUUAGAUCUAAGGGUUAUCGUAUCGUUGGUUGCACCCUCAUUUGCGACUCACUCAUUCGCGAUGAAUCAACGAGUGCUAUUUUUACACGUGGCUUCCGUUGAACAAUAUUCUGUGUUUGGGUAUAGGGUUACGGUACGUGCGCCUUCAUCACCAAAUGUUGCACCGCCGGGGUAUUAUAUGUUGUUUGUGGUACACGAUGGGGUACCAGGUCAAUCCGUUUGGGUCAAUUUACAAUCGAAUUAG